AUGACCGUGUACACCGCCUCAACCACGGCUCCUGUCAACAUUGCCACCCUCAAGUACUGGGGAAAGAGAGACAAGACUCUUAAUCUUCCAACCAACUCGUCCAUUUCGGUCACAUUGGCCCAGGAGGACUUGAGAACCUUGACCUCCGUUGCCACUAGCGCUGACUUCAAAUCCGACAACUUGUGGCUCAACGGCAAAGAGGAGGGAAUCAAGGGUGAGAGAACCAUUGCCUGCUUGAAAGACUUGAGAAAGUUGAGAAAGGAAUUGGAGGACUCCGACUCCAGCUUGCCAAAGUUGUCUGAGUGGGGUUUACACAUUGUUUCUGAGAACAAUUUCCCUACCGCUGCUGGUUUGGCUUCUUCUGCUGCCGGUUUCGCUGCUUUAGUAGUGGCUAUCGCUAAGUUGUACAAGCUUCCUCAGCUGAUGUCCGAGAUCUCUAAAAUCGCAAGAAAGGGUUCGGGUUCCGCAUGUAGAUCUUUGUUCGGUGGUUAUGUCGCAUGGGAAAUGGGCGAUUUGGAGAACGGAGAGGACUCUAAAGCUGUGGAAGUCGCCCCAUUGGAGCAUUGGCCAUCUAUGAAGGCCGCCAUUUUGGUGGUCUCUGAUGACAAGAAGGAUACGCCUUCUACUACAGGAAUGCAAUCCACCGUGGCAACAUCUGACUUGUUCCAGCACAGAAUCCUGGAGGUUGUUCCAAAGAGAUUCGAGGAAAUGAAGAAAACCAUUCUUGAAAGAGAUUUCGAGAAGUUUGGAGAGUUGACCAUGAAGGACUCUAACUCGUUUCACGCAGUAUGCUUGGACUCUUAUCCACCUAUUUUCUACUUGAACGACACCUCCAAGAAGAUCAUCAAGUUGGUGCACAAAUUGAACGAACAGGAGGGCAAGAUUAUUGCUGCCUACACCUUUGACGCCGGCCCCAAUGCUGUCAUCUACUACGAGGAGAAGAAUGAAAACAAGGUGUUAGGCUUGAUCUACAAAUACUUCAAGCUGGUUCCUGGUUGGGACAAAGUUUCUAACCAGGUUGUUGACUUUGAAGACUCCGCUAUCGAAUUUGACACCGACGCUUACAAGGGAGUCAGUAGAAUUAUUUUGACCAAGAUCGGCUCCGGCCCACAGGAAACAUCCCAGACUUUGGUCAAUGAGCAGGGCCUUCCCAAAUAA